UGUGUGUUUCUACAAAAGAAAAAUAAAUAAACAGAUGGCUUCUAGAAUAUUUUAUUUUUCUUCUUAAAAAUUGAGUCUUUAUUGCUAUUUUCUUAAUACAUAAUGUAUAUAAGUGAGAAAGAUAAGGAAAGAAGACAAUUGGCUGAGAAAUGAGCAGCUCAUUGAGACUGAGCUUCAGCAUCCCCAAGGCCUUGCCUUCUCUCAAUCCUCCCAAUCAUCAUCCAUUCACCAUUUCAUGUCAACAAAAACAUCCCCAACAAAAGAAACAGAUUUCAAAAUGCACAAGCAGAGUUCUUGGCCUGGCCCUUCAAGUUGGAGGAGCAUUGACAGCUGUGGCAGAGCCUGCUUUUGCUGUUACUGGGAUGAAUAAUGAAGGAGAAGAUUUGGUGUGGAUUCUGAUCCAAUCUGGAAUCUCAGCCUUCAUCUACUUCCUUGUUGCUCCACCAAUCAUCAUGAACUGGCUGAGGAGGAGAUGGUACAAGAGGAAUCUGCUUGAGAUGUAUGUGCAGUUCAUGUUUGUCUUCCUCUUCUUUCCGGGAGUGCUGCUUUGGGCACCAUUCCUCAACUUCAGAAAAUUCCCUAGAGAUCCAGCAAUGAAGUAUCCUUGGUCUGUGCCAGAGAAUCCUUCAGAGAUUAAGGGUGGAUUCUUGAAGUAUCCAUGGGCUCAACCUGAGGACUAUGAAGUAUGAAUAGCACACCCUAUUUGUUUCAUGUAUAUCCAAUUCAUAAUUUACUAAUUUAGCAGCAACUUCUUUGGUC